AUGUCGAAGCAUGCCCUCUACCGCGCCGAGACUUGGGAAAACGAGGACACGAUGGGAGGCACACUUCCGGAUAAACCAACGCUUCAUCAAACGCUGUACGUCGGCGAGUCGCCGUUCGGCCUGUACGCGAUGAACGCGUUCGUCGAUGAGGACUCGUUCACGUUUGCGCCCAAGUAUCUGGGACCACCACUGCUCGAGGGAGGAGCCGCGAUAGCACUAUCGGAAGAAGAACGACGUCCAAGCCCUAGAAGAAUCGUCCAUCUCGAUAUGCCAGCCAUUACGACGACGACGAAGGAUGGGGAAUUUUUGCUAUUGGGUUACCACGAGCCCCCAACGACCGAUCUCUCGCUGGGCCUCUACCAAACCAGAUUCCCGUCGAUGCCCCAGAUGCCGUCAAUCGACUACCAGCGCAAGAAGAACGAGCCCAAGAUGAUCGGCUGUGACAAGAAGCCGACAAACUCGAAUCGGCUGUCGGGCGACGAAGAUGAUGAGAGCCUGGCCGCGAUGAUCUACCACAUCUACGAGCGGUACCCACGUCAUUUCUACGCCGCCAUCGUCAGCAUGAUUGUGUUGCUGAUCACGACGGUGUGGAUGUGCGGGAGACAUUCCGCCGUCUCGCAGCAAAUCAACGAAGGCCGAAGUGUCCAGACGUCUCGGCACUCGAGUGGGGGCCGUGGCUGGAUGUACACAAAAAUCGACGAGGUCCCGGACGGGUGGUUUGCUGUCGGAAAGGAAUCCGACAGCCAGUUCCGAUAUCUCGCCCUCGAGCUGUGCACGGCUUCUCUUCAUGAAUACGUCGAGAAAAAGGAGUCAUACCCGGUCGACGUCUUCUCCCUCGGCUGCAUCUUCUACUACGUCCUCACCGACGGCAAGCACGUGUUUGGCGACCCAUUCCAGCGGCAGUUGAACAUCAUGCACGGCAAGCCAAGCCUCGCCGGGAUGGAGGCGGAUCGGAACCAUAACGAGUCGAUGGCCCUGAUCCGGGAGAUGAUCCGGCACGACCCGGCCGAGCGGCCAUCCGCCCAGACGGUGCUUGUCCAUCCCAUGUUCUGGAAUGCCGACCGGAAGCUGCAGUUCUUUGGGGACGUCUCGGAUCGGGUGGAAAAGGAGGAAGACCAGGCCCCAGUUGUCCAACGGCUCGAGUCGAACGCAAAAGCGGUGGUUGGCGGCAACUGGCGAAACCAUAUUUGCCCGGCUUUAACGGAAGAUCUCCGCAAAUUCCGCACCUACAAGGGGCACUCGGUUCGGGAUCUGCUGCGAGCCAUGCGAAACAAGAAGCACCACUACCGGGAGCUGCCUAAAGAGGUCCGUGACUCCCUCGGCCACAUCCCCGAAGAUUUCGUCCGGUACUUCAUUUCCCGAUACCCAUUGCUCCUCCUCCACGCCUACGAAGCCCUGAAUUGGUGCGCCGGCGAGCCGGUCUUCAAGAGUUAUUAUUCCGAUCAAAUCCGUGAGCGAAUGGCCCCCGAAGUGGCACGAGUUGAGGAGGAACGACGGAAGGAGAAGGAGGUCCGCGAGACGGCUGAGGUAUGGCAACGCGGCCAAGUGGUGGUGAGCAAGAAGGUGGAGACGGUCACCGGGGCCCCAACUUCUGUUGAUAGUGAUCUCCCAGAACAGCUGGUGAAAGUGACUACUGUGGCCGCCGUCGAGGUUUCUGCUCUGCCCCCACCUCCCGGCUUUGAAGAUCGAGUCGCGGAUCGGCCUGAAGAUGAACCGGAAGUUCAAGGGGUUGAGGCCACCGCCCCCACCGACCCGGCCGCCAAGCCGAACUGGUUCCUCACCGACGAUGGUUUUGAGAAGCCAAAGAAGAAAAAGAAGAAUCGAAAA